GUACUUCGGAUUGGGUUCUUUCGUCCCCAUCUUCAAAACCUCAACGCCUCCCUCACCCUCGGUUCUCUCUCCCCACUCUCUCCAGUAUAGAGAGUGAAAGCAAGGAAAGCCAUAGAAGAGAAAACGCUAAUCCUUCGCAGGAGAAUCCGCCAAUCUAUCCAAACUGGAUAAUUCGAAGCAGUAAAUUCCCAGAAAAUGUCUCACACGGUGUUCCAAACGGCUCAACUCAUGCCUAUCUACACCUCAACAAUCCCCACUUCCAAAGUGGUCUCAUCACCGAAGCAGUUAUUGCACCCUGCCGGCGCCCUUCACCGCCUGCCGCUGCCGCAGGCAGUGGCCGGGAAGAUGAGGAAGUCGUGUAUUAGGGCCUCGUCGUCAUCUGUGGUGGACGGAGAUGCCGUUUCAGCCUUGGAGCGCUGCUUUCAGGCUUCGCCGCCGGCGGAUUGUCCGUCCUCAACUUCUUCGCCGGGGUCUCCUGUAAUGUUCGCGCCAGUUAUGAAGGGAGGGAAGUAUGGAUCGCUCGGUGCCGUUACUUUGGAGAAAUCCAAGCUCGAUAUGACCCAGAAACAAACUAAGUCUAGCCCUGAGCUUUCAACUGGAGGUGGAGGUGGAGAUAUUGGGAAAAGCAUUUUUCACGGUGGUGGUGAUGGAGGUGAUGAUGGUGAUGAUGACGAUUACAUGGAUGACUUUGAUGAUGACGAUGAAGGAGAUGAGGGUGGAUUGUUCAGAAGGCGAAUGAUUCUUCAAGAGCUUUUUGAUCGGAAAUUUGUUGAUGCGGUCUUGAAUGAGUGGCAGAAGACAAUGAUGGACUUACCAGCUGGAUUAAGGCAAGCAUAUGAGAUGGUAAAUUGUCUCAUUGUUUUCUCUAGUUUAAUGAUAUCUAUUGGCAGAAUUCUGAACAGUGUUUGCAUCCAGGGUCUGGUCAGCUCUGCACAAAUGGUGAAAUUUUUGGCUAUAAAUGCCAGACCUACAACAGCUAGGUUCAUUUCUCGGUCGAUUCCUCAAGGACUUUCGAGGGGGUUUAUUGGCAGGAUGAUUGCAGAUCCAGCAUUUUUGUACAAGUUUCUUCUUGAGCAAGCAGCUACAAUUGGAUGCUCAGUUUUGUUGGAGGUUAAAAAUCGCAAGGAGAGGAUAAAGCAAGAGUGGGAUCUUGCCCUAGUUAAUGUGCUCACAGUAACGGCCUGUAAUGCUAUUGUGCUGUGGUCUCUUGCUCCUUGUCGUUCAUAUGGAAACACUUUCCGCUUUGAUCUGCAAAAUACAUUGCAAAAGCUCCCAAAUAAUAUAUUUGAAAAGAGCUAUCCGCUAAGAGAAUUUGAUAUGCAGAAGAGAUUUCAAUCAUUCUUCUACAAGGCUGCUGAGUUGUGUAUGGUUGGAUUAACCAUGGGAGCUGCUCAAGGUGGUAUAUCAAAUUUUUUGGCCAGUAAAAAAGAGGGAAGGUUGUCUGUGAGUAUUCCAUCAGUGAGCAAUAACGCACUUGGUUAUGGAGCAUUCCUUGGCCUAUAUGCAAAUCUGCGUUAUCAGUUGUUGUGUGGCUUUGACCAAACAAUGAUGAACUACUUUGAUGUUAUUGGAGUUGCUCUCUGCUUUAGCACCGCCCUCAGGGUAAUGAAUGUUCACGUUGGAGAGACAUCAAGGCUGGCUUGGCUCGGGGUGGAGCCAGAUCCACUGGCCCAUGCAGACGAUCUCCUGAAAGCAGCUUACAAUAGACCAUCCGAGGGUAUUGAUCAGACUUCUUCGAAAUGGUUUAUAUCCAAGAACGCCAUAGUAUCUGGGCUUGGACUUCUUGGGAUCAAACAGGGCCAAGGCGGCUCAGUCACUGAGGGCGAAGCAGUGCCACCCAAAGCUAGGAGAAAAAGAGUAGUCAGGAAAAAGGCAACAGCAAAUAGAACAGCAUAGUUGAUACAAUAGCAACCAAUUGUUCGAUUUUGCACAUGUCUGGGAUAAGGAUUUGCCGAUUCAGAUGAUAGUUUUUCGCUUCGUGAGAGCCUGACCAAGAAAGUUUCUUUGACAAUGAUGCAUGCAGAUGCCACCACACAAGCUCCUACAGUGAUCAAGAGAGUGAUAUGCUGGGGGGAAUUUUGCUCCUUAUCUCUAGCUAAUUUUUGGUGAUGUUGAGAAUUUAUGAUUCUAAUAAAGAAGUGUGAAAGAUUUGAGAUUGUUGGAGCUACUUUCUUCUAACAGGAAAAUACAUAUUGUUUCCCCAUUUAGUUAAGCUAGUCUUUUUCUUUUCUUUUCUUUAAUUAGAGCUGUGUUUCUCCUAGGUGAAAAGUUUUGUUGUUGAGAUUAAAUGCUUUCAUUCUUAGAAUGCUAAUGCUUUUCUUCAUUUUAGCUA